AUGUCGCCUCAACUCCACCGCAAUCCCCCCUUUCGUGCUGAGCACUUGGGGUCUCUUCUGAGAACGAAUGCACUUCUGGAAGCGAAGACAGCCUUUGAGAAAGGGCAACUCCCCAGUGCCGAUCUAGCCGCGAUUGAAAACAAGGACGUCAAGGAAGUUGCUGAGACCCAGAAGAAACUCGGCUAUGCUGCGAUCUCGGAUGGAGAAUAUCGUCGACACAUGUUCUGGGGCACAUUUUUCCCUGGUCUUGAUGGCUUUGAGGAAGUUACGGAUUUCGAUACCGAUAUCUUCCGUACUUAUGCCCCCGAUAUUGCCGCUUUCCUUGAGGCUGGCCACAAGCCUGGCGAGACUGUCCUCUGUACUGGCAAGAUCAAGCAUGUUGGAAGUACGUACGUCGACGAGUUCAAGUAUCUGGCCAGCCUGGUUGCCCCAGAGGAAGUCAAGAACCUAAAACUUACUCUGGCUGCUCCCAACUGGUACCACUUGCGCUAUAAGGAGGGCAAGGCCUAUCCCAAGGAGGUGUAUGCCUCUGACGAGGAGUAUUUUGCCGACAUUGCCAAGGCGUACCAAGAUGAACUGCAGAUUUUGUACGAUGCUGGCUGCCGCAACGUUCAGUUCGACGACCCCAACCUUGCUUAUUUCUGCUCCGAUAAGAUGCUUGAUGGUUGGAAGGCGGAUCCGUUGAAUGUCCACACCGCGGAUGAGGUCUUCGAAAAGUACAUCAAGCUGUACAACGACUUGCUGUCGAAGCGUCCUGCCGACUUCCACAUCGGUGUGCACAUCUGUCGUGGUAACUUUGUCGGUAGCCGUCAUUUCUCCGAGGGUGGCUAUGACCGCAUCGCAACCAAGCUGUUCCAGGAACUCAACGUCGACACCUACUACCUGGAAUACGACACCCCUCGUGCUGGAGGAUUCGAGCCUCUGAAGGAACUUCCCAAGAACAAGAACGUGAUCUUGGGCGUUGUGACCAGCAAGUUCCCUCAGCUUGAGGAUAAGGAGGAGAUGAAGAAGAGGGUGUACGACGCCGCCAAGUUCAUUGCCGAAGGAAACAACAUCUCGGUCGAGGAGGCCCUCAACCAAGUUGGUGUUAGCCCGCAGUGUGGAUUCGCAAGCCACCGCGAAGGCAAUGACAUUGACCACAACGGCAUGAUUGCCAAGCUGAAGCUGGUCCGAGACAUUGCCAACGAUAUCUGGCCGGGUCAGUUGUAG